CCAAGAUGCUGCUCAGUAAACUACUACUGCAGGUUUAGCAGAGCUGGAAGGAAAAGGAGGCAGAAUUUUGGAAGCUGAAGCCCGGACUUGGAUCUGACUUCACUGUGACUGAGGUUGAGCUGAGUCACUCCAGCCAGCAGAGCCAUGGAGCCGGCCUUGGAAACCUUCACUGUUCCAUUACUUUGUGGAUUUCUCUCCUGUCAUUGGCUGCUCUGAGUGACUAACAGCUGCUUCCAGUUUUAGGUUUGGAAAAUUUGUUCUCUGGUAAAACAUGAAGGAGCUGUUGAAACAGUGAAAGGACACAUUUAUUUCUUUUCAACAAACUGGAGCGGAAACAGGUCGGAUGUUCUGAAAUAAUGAUAUGACUUUUGUGACUUGCAUCCCUUUAUAGUAUGAUAGUAAGCAGAAGUUGCAUGAUUCUGGAACCAGCUAGACAAAUCAGUGCAUGCCAAAAUACAGAUACCAAAACACCAAUUACGCCUUUUCAGACUGCAUUUUCCGAUGCAAGGCAACACAAUGUUGUACUUGAGUCUCAGAAAUGAGCAGUGUAAACAACAACCACACUGCUGAAGAUGUGGGAAAGGCUUCUCUGAAACUUUCUGCUCUCUCUAUCCUGGACAACUUUACCACUUUCUUUAUGAGCAACUGUGACUCGCAUCAAAUGGAGGAGCAAAAAGCCAUUCUAAAAUUUUUCAGGACUAUUUCAGACGACCAAAAUGAGGAGAUAAUGCAGGAAGAGCUAAGUUUUGAUCUAAAUAAAAAUGGGGAUAUGAACUUUAAGGAUGCUCUUGAGCAUUCUAGAGAUUCCUUAUUUUAUGUUAUAAUGCCUCAUGAAGAGGAGAAGAUGACUUCUAACUCAGUGGGUCUUGUAACUGUGAGUGAAGAAGGAAACGACUCAGACAAAACAGAGGAGGAGAGGAAGAAUUUCAACCAGGCAGAGCAGCAAAGCACAGCUGUAAUCACUGAAAAUGACUCAGACAAACAGACCUCUGCAACAAAUCAGGACCAGAAUAAGAUACCACACGAACACUGUGACAAAGUUAGCAGUCUUCACAUGCCAGAGAGCUCACUGGACGAAUGUGCCUUGAACGCAUUGCUCCAGCAAAAAUGUCAACACAUUUCAUCUGACUGCACAAAUGCAGAUUGUGAGUUUGUCGCAUUCAACAUUGUCAAGCAGGAUGACACAAUAGAAGCUGACCAGGAUGUGAGAAAAGCCCACGAAAACGGUCAAAAUGCAGAUUCCCAGGAAAAUUUUAUCACAGGUGUUCACAAUUCGGAUGAACAAGUUGACCCUGAGGAGUCUGCAAAAACCAGAUCUUCUAAAACCAAACAUGUAGUGAUCACAGUGACUCGGACAGGACCUGCUGUUGAAGAAGAGGUUGAACCAACGCUGGAGGAAGCUGAAGAGCAAACUGGUAAACCUUCCUGCUCUAAAAAUGAUGAUGAAGAGGAGUACGAUGAAGAAGAAGAAGAAGAAGAAAAAAGAGAUCUAUUUCCAGACUUCUCCACUCAGCUCCACCAACGGCAGCAGGGCCCAAAAGAUAAUUCACUAAAUAUUUCCAUAAAACCAGCCAGCAACCCUCCAACUGGAUCCACCUUAACUAGAGCCACCUUCUCCCCAGGCUCCCCCACGGACAAGCCUAUCCAGCUUCCGGCCCUAUUCAGCGGCCUAAGGGUCCUGAGGAAAGGGGUGGUCGGGCCCGAGCACGACACCGUGGCCCAGAUCAAACCUCCAUCUCAGGGAGUAAAGAGGGCUAUUUUCCCAGAGAAGCAGGGGGACAUUAAAGUUCAGGGGAGCUUCCUGGACCAGAUCUCCCACUUUCUGAGUCGGGAAAAGAAAGGAGAUGAGAAAGAGGAGAAGAAGGAGAAGGAGGCUGAGGGAGACCAGGAUGAAACCAGAGUGAUGAUGAAUGAGAAUGAAGAAAGUCAAGAGAGUAAUGAGAAGGAAGACCCUGAAAAAGAGGAGGAUUUAGAAGCUUCAGGGUCAUUUAAUUCUACAAAACCUCCGGUGUCCAGUGCAGAGGCAGCGUUUGAUGCCUUCAAAGCUUUUUUCACCCCAAAGCCUUUGAAGAAGGACCCAGCAGAUAAGGUGGACCUGGAGGCAGUGAGGAAAAAGAUAAGAAGUGAAAAAGAUGUGUUAAGAGCCCUUUUUGAGAGAACGUCCAAUAAGACGCCGGAGAAGAAAGACUCAUCUGAUGGCAAAUCGGAGGCGUCCACGCCAGGGGAGGGAGAAGAACGGACUCCCGGUCGUCUACAAGCCAUCUGGCCACCACUCAAGGAGGAAAAAGUUGGGCUCAAGUAUACAGAAGCAGAGCAUCAGGCUGCUCUGCUGCAGCUGAAGAGAGAAUGCAAAGAGGAGCUGGAGAAGUUACAGGAGGACUAUGGUCAGGAGAUCUCCAGACUGCGGGUGGAAAACGAGGACAAUGUCGCCCGUCUGGAGUUCACUCUGGCUGAGCUGGAGGCCAAACUCUCCCAGGCUGGGACCCACUGUCGAGGGGAGCUCAGAGACGUCGCUGUGUCCACUGGAGAUGACUGUUUACAAAAAUCUUUCCGCACCGUCUGCAUCCAGACGGACAGAGAGACCUUUGUCAAAACUCCUGAGGAUGGAGAGGGGACAGGGAGGGCGUGCACGAGUCUUCAGCAGCAGAGGGUGAACCCCAAAAGGCUGGACCUGGCCUCUAUCAGCCUCAGCCUGGCUGGACAGAGGGAUGAAAUGAUGUCUUCCUCCUCCUCGCCUGCCCCUCCAUCCCAACUGCCUCCUCCCCCUGUAGCCACGCCACCACUAACACAACAACCACCAGCGCCUUUUCAGACAACUCUACCACACAAAACAGCCAAUCUCCCGCCUCCUCCUCCACCUCCGCCCUGUUUGUCAUCACCCCCACAUCACAUGCAGACACCAAAUGGCCCUCCACCUCCUCCGCCACCCCCACCUCCUCCAUCCAUGCCAGGCUUAGCUCCCCCACCUCCUCCUCCUCCAGGUGGGAGUUUCUUUUUGGAUAAACCUCCCAGGAAACCGGCAGUGGAGCCUUCCCAACCCAUGAAGCCUCUUUACUGGACCAGAAUCCAGAUCCAGGACAACAACAACAACACACUGUGGAACGUUUUAGAGGAACCAAAUAUAAUAAACGCCAACGAGUUUGAGGAUCUGUUCGCCAAAACCACCACACACACCAAGAGGAAGCCGCUGUCUGAGGCUUAUGAGAAGAAAGCCAAAGCCAAGAAGAUCAUUAAGCUGCUGGACGGUAAGCGCUCUCAGGCCGUGGGCAUCCUCAUAUCAAGCCUCCACCUGGAGAUGAAGGAUAUUCAGCAAGCUGUACUGGCUGUGGACCACUCUGUGGUGGACCUGGAGACCAUUGAAGCUCUGUAUGAAAACAGAGCUCAGCCCGAGGAGCUGGAGAAGAUCAAGAAACACUACGAGACGUCAGAGGAAGAGGACGUUAAACUUCUGGACAAACCCGAACAGUUCCUGUAUGAGCUGUCUCAGAUCCCAGACUUCGCAGGAAGAGCUCACUGCAUCAUCUUCCGGUCAGCGUUCAUCGAUGGGAUCGCGUCCAUUCAACGCAAGCUCAACACAGUCUCAUCUGUCUGUAAGGCUCUGCUGGAGAGUGACGAUGUGAGAGAGGUGAUGGGACUGGUGCUGGCUCUGGGGAACCACAUGAACGGAGGCAGCAGGACCAGAGGCCAGGCUGAUGGCUUUGGCCUGGAGAUCCUCCCUAAACUCAAGGAUGUCAAGAGCAGGGACAAUCGUAUCAGCCUGGUGGACUAUGUGGUGUCAUACUACCUGCACAAUAUAGACAAGAACGCAGGGACAGAGAAAAGUAGGUUCCCCCUUCCUGAACCUCAGGACGUCUUCCUGGCAGCACAGGUCAAGUUUGAUGACCUCAACAGAGACCUGAGACAACUUGGACGAGAUCUAACAAGAUGUGAGAAAGAUGUACAGAGGGUUUGCUCCGACUCGCCUGAAGAACACCUGCAGCCGUUUAAAGACAAGAUGGAGGCUUUUGUUCUCAGUGCACGAAAAGAACACGCGGAAUCUUCCUAUCAGCUGAUGACUGUGCAAAAAAGUUUUCAGGACUUAGUUCUGUACUUCGGACUGAAGCCUAAGACAGGAGAGAAGGAGGUGACUGCUGGUCAUUUCUUCAUGCUCUGGUUUGAGUUUUGUGCCGACUUCAAAGCCAGGUGGAAGAAGGAGAACAAGAAUAUCUCUAAAGAAAGGUUAAAGGAGGCUCAGCUGUCAGUGAAGAGAAUCACAGGGGAGAAGAAAGUGGAAACGAGAAAGAUCAACCCCAACAGCCUGAAAGAACGGCUGCGUCAGAAAGAAGCCAACAUGUCUUCAACUUAAGAGACUGUAAGUUGCUCUCAGAGUCUCUCAGUUUGGAGACUGGACGUUAUGUAUCAUGUUUGGAACCUGUUACCAAACCAACAUGUCCCAAACUUUUUCACGUUUUUUUGCAGAGUUCAUUCACCUGUUGUUCUUACAUUUCCAUGAAAUACUUGCAUUAAUCAACUGAAAGCUUUAUGUAAUAUAAGUUGCUAUAGAUUCCUAUAAAAAUAUUUAAAUUUAAAAGAAACAUUCUUUUGUGCAAUACAUAGACAUCGACCUCAGCUGUGUGUAUUGUUUCUUAUAUUGCACUUAGUUUGCAUUGAUUCUGUCAUGUAUAGUCUACAAUCUUUUACCAUAUUUUUCCACAAAUAAAAUCACUGAUCAGAAAAAAAAGGUGAUGUGAUAGCUUGAAAAAUAUUUUAUUUACAAGCAACAUU